GCGCGCCACUUUCUGGCAGUCGCGCAGCCAACGCUUCCCAAGCCUCUGGCCAGUCUGGGAAGCAAAAGGCGGUAAUGAUAGAGCCUGAGGACAAAGAAUCCUCCUCUGAUGAUGAUGACAUGCAAACGAUCGCUGCUCUCUCGGCUCGGAAGCGCGCUCGUUCUGAUCCUCGAACUGACCUGUGGGCAGAAGAUGAACCAAUCGCUGACCGACUGGUUCGCCACAGGUCCUCGAGACACGCUGAAGAAGGAUCUUCAACUGUUGGUGAAGGCACAUCUGCUUCCCAAGCUCUAGCGCCAACUGUUGUGACCCACUCUCCAACUCCUGCGGGCGCUGUAGAUAACGCCCAAUUGGCCUUGAUACCAGUGCAGAUCAUAGAUGACAGCUCGCCAGAGGCUGAAAAUAGCGUACUGCCACUGGACGCCCCUCGCGAGGAAACAAACGACGUUCCUGUCCCCAGCGAGGCUAGCCCAGAGACAAUGCUCGCGAUCAUUGUGUAUGAGCCCCCAAUCGAAGAGGUUUCAAACGUCGUGGGAACUGGGGACGAUGUAAUCGGGGCAGUAGAAGCAGAAGCUGCUGAGCCUGUCCCUAACAUGGUUGAUCAGGAACUUCCUCCCCCUGCCCCCAAGUCGCUGAAGCUGAAGAAUUGGAAGACCUUCCUGAACCAACGCCGGAGGUACCUGAAACAGUGCCAGAAGUACCUAUCGCUGAACCUCCUGAGGCCCCUGUCGCUGAGCCUCCUACUCCUUCUACUUUGGAAAGGUUAGCUCGCGUGCUUGAAGUGCCCCCCCCUGGGGUCGUAGAUGAAGUCAGAGAAGGCCUUCGCCGCUUCCUGGGCCCCGACAUCUUGAUUCCUGGUGCGCCUGUGAGGGUCCUAGAAUACUUGAGGGUGCUCUUGCGCGAGGGAGCCAUCACUGAGGAACAAUUCCAGGAAAUCGAUCAACUGUUGCAGGCUCUUCCUCAAGGGCUCAACGAGCGGGCAGUCGCGAAUGCGCAGGCCAGGCAAACCGAAAUGCAUUAUCAGAACCUUAAUCAGCAAACGGAGACCGCGCGCGACGUCUUGGGUGACCAAGCUAACCUCAUCAGGGACCUGACGCUUGAGAGGAAUCACUUGAGGGCCCAAAUUAAAGCCUUUCAAGCCCGGUUAACCGAAGUUACUGCUAUGCUCGUUCAUGCAGAGCCUCAGUUGGAACAACCCCUCGCUGCUCUCGAGACGCUAUCCCAAGAACUGGCUCAG